CAGCAGCAGCAGCAGCGAAAAUAUUUGUAACAAUUGGUGCUCCUUUACAUCGGUGAAAUGUGGCAAGCUCGCGUUGUGCAUGAACGUCAUCGACGCCGCUACAUCCUUCUUUGGACCAUCCUUAUCGCUGGGAUUCUCGCCUAUAUCGGCUGGGCACUCAGCAGGCUGCAUCACCAGUAUCUCGACCCCUCGACGUCCUUCUCUUUGUCGAACGAGGUGUACAGGUAUCCGGACUUCGGGGUAUGCCUUUAUAAAGAGAACGGCUGCGAUAGUCUUGAUGGUCAUAUCGCAGAAGGAUGCGUCACUUCAUCCAACUCGACGGAGUUCGGGCCGUCGACGGCAGAGUACAGGGGUCAGGAAUUAUCUCCCACCGACGGAGUCUGGAUACCAGACACAGCUGAAGAAUGGGACAAAAGGCAAGAUAUUUCCGUCGACCCGAGAUUCACAGGUCCUGAGAAAAAGUAUUGCGUCUUGUUCAAUAUGUCGGAGAUUGAGUACAAGUUGGGCGAAGAGCGCGUUCAAGAAAACUACCUGGACUAUACUAACCUGAGAAUGGCCUGGUACCCAAGCGGCAGCAAGGAAAACGAUUCUAACACGUGCACGACGGAUUUGGCCAGUCUGGUACCUCACAGUAUGUCCGUCGUCAUCCACCUGUUCGACGAAGUCACCGACACAAUCGCCAACGGAUUUCAAGUUGCCUACACCUGCAGGACGAAUACAUCCAAGAGCCACAUGUUCACCGACGUUGUGCUCGCACUUACCGAGACGAAGAAACUCGACGGGACGACGGACCGUUCAUACAGGGCUGAGACCAUAUAUUCAAACCCGUACGUCAGUGAUCAGGUGGGCGAGGAUAUCUCAAACAUCACACGGCCCUAUGCGUUUAUAGACCUCAGGAUCAAGCAGGGUCCAAACUCGCUGGAAUUUAUUACCGAGGAUUCCCCCGUUUCGAUUGGCGAACUCUUGGGCGACAUCGGAGGGUUUUGGGAUGUUUUGCUGUUACUGUGGCCAGUUUUUUUCGUUGUUGUCUCGCAGCAAGACCCCACCUUGAAGCCUCGUGACUUCAGGAAGUCCUUGCAGAGGGGUACAGGGCGUGUGAUGCAGUGCAACUGCUGCACUAGGUCGGCCACUGAGCAAGUGGAGACGACAGCCAGGGGGGAUUUUGGAACACCAAUUCCAACUAGGAACAAUCGUACCUCCGUGGACGUAUCGGGUUUUUCUUUGUCCGGCCGCCCCCGUGAACAAGAUCGACCGCGACGAACUUCUUCGUAUUCCUCCGAGGUCUGAGAACAGGAUAUCCCUAGUUCACCCGACCACCACCUUCCUGCGGAUAUGGCAAUCGCCCCCCCCCCCAGAAAGUAUCUCUCCGCUCGCUCAAUUGGCGAAGCCUGAAUUGGAGACUCUUCUGGCGAAAGAAUUUUCUACUUUUGCUUAAGAUGGCCAGCCUUUCGUCAUCCGCUUCGAGAAUACUUCAAGAGUUUUGAGCAUCCCUCCAACUUCGUGGUCAUUCUUUUUGUACAAGUCUGGUUUCGUUACGGAGAUUCUAUGGCCGUUUGUCAAGAGGCGCAUCUGUUAUGUUUGUGGUACUUGGUGAAGAUGCUGGUUUGGGGUGAUCUCUAGGGGGUACAAAGUUGGGGUACAGUCGUCCCCGCUUUAAAGACACCAUUUUUUAAGACACCCCCCGCUUUAAGGACACAAAAAAUCUCAGAAACAUGGUGCCCCGCAGAUGUGAAAAAGUAGGGGGGAGUAGGGUUUUACACCAUUCGACCCCCCCAGAAAAUCCGCACACUGCGUGUGGGUGUAUGGAAAGAUUCAUUCCAUCUGCUAGCGGUUCGUCUGCUGCCUUGGAUGAAGUCUCGUGAGGUUGAAUUUGGCGUUUGUGUUGUGUUAUGCCUCGUUUUGACCUUUUUAGAGGCGCGGUGUCCUCUUUGUCCCUGUGCUUUCCCGACAUUUUUGGUCCCUGUGUUUCUGCGUAACCUACAUUUUCCUACUGUCGUUUUACAACCUUCGAUAUUUCUCAGGUGCGGUAGCGAGAUCUUUGGCAAGAUAUUCACGGGGAGGAGAACGCCAAAAAAUAAAAUAUAAAUCAAAUGAUUAAGCCCAUAUCAACACCAGCGCAUUACCGUCGUGUACAUGUACGAUGCGUAGGUCGUAGAACAGCAUCGCUUUCAGCGUUUUGGUGGUAACAGUACAGGGAAAUUCAAACGAUGGUAUGCAAGUAUGUAUUGCAGCACAAUAGCAGCAGUGGUUGCGACCUUCAGAUCACCUUGUGUCGUAGGUUUCAAACAACACCUCUUGUGGUCGCCUUUCUGCUGCGAAUGCGCAUCGUUUGCCGUAUGUUUCGCUUCCAUUGGCCCCGGGGAGGGUGCGUUGGUGGCCCCGGAAUUUAUAGACACUUCCCCGCGAUAAAGACACUUUUUUGGGGGAAAACGUGGUGUGUCUUUUAAGCGGGGUCGACUGUAGUGGUAUAUUCAUCUGUUCUGUCGCGUUGGGGGGCCCUUUCUCACUGCGGCAGAAUCACUGCUACUCUAAUAGUACAUGAGUCAAAUUCAAUAUAUCCAGAGGCGCCUCCGGCAGGUCCGAAGUGGGUUAACCGAGAUCCCUCCGCAGCACACGAAAACGAUAUCGUGUAGGGCUUCCGGGGGGCAGAGAGAGGGUAUUUCCGACUGCGAGGGCAUCUAAAGCGCGGACGUGUGUAUUGUGUUUUAGAUGUAUGACUUUCUGGGUGUGAAUAGGCGUUUCGGUGUCCUUCCACUGUUGGUAUGUCCGUACUUGGGAGGAGAAAACACGCUUGAACUCUCUGAUUAGGCACCCGC